AUGAAGGAAUACCUUGAUCUAAAGCACAUGGAGCUGGUUCCAGAUUCUGAAAUUAAUAACAUCAAUAGUUUGUACCUCCCUCAUCACGGAGUUGUUAGAAACACUAGCUCUACAACUAAGCUCCGCGUCGUCUUCGACGCUUCAAGUAAAACCUCGUCUGGACUUUCUUUAAACGAUUUGCUCAUGGUUGGACUAAGAGUACAGCCAGAACUUUUUCCUAUCCUGAUUCAGUUUCGACUUUUCAAUGUAGCCAUUUGCGAUGAUGUGGAAAAGAAGUUCCGCCAGAUUAAAGUUCAUGAGGAAGAGGUAGACUGGCAAAGAAUUCCUUGGAGGGAGUCUCCAAACGAACCAAUAAAAGAAUAUCGUCUAACAUCCUCAGCACCAUUCCUCUCCACGAGAACCUUACGACAGCUUGCCACAGACGAACAAGAGAAUUUUCCAGCCGCUUCAAGAGCUACCCGUUGUCACUUUUAUGUAGAUGAUUUGCUGAGUGGGAGUGCGACAAAGAAGGAAGCCAUUCAACUGGUAUCCGAGCUGCAGGAGAUGAUGAAAAAGGGAGGCUUUUCUUUACGUAAAUGGGUUUCAAACGAUCCCGACGUACUGGCAACCAUUUCAAAAGAAUUACAGGCAAUUGAUUCAAAACACACGAUCAACGAUGACCAACCUGUCAAGAUUCUGGGAAUAGCUUGGCUUCCAGAUGUUGACAAGUUCUCCUUUACCAUCACCGUCAAUGAGAUGGACGUAUGGACUAAACGUAAGGUACUUUCUGAAGUCGCUAAAAUCUUUGACCCCUUGGGCUGGUUGGCACCUACAGUUAUCAUUUCCAAAAUCUUCCUCCAAGAGCUGUGGAGUCAUCAUCUAAGCUGGGACGAGGAGCUACCUGAUUCUCUGGCAAAGCAGUGGAGAACAUUUCAAGAACAGCUUCCUGUACUUACAAAUAUCAAAAUUCCACGCUGUAUUCUCAUUCCCCAGGCUUCAGACGUGCAAGUACACGGAUUCUGCGACUCUUCAGAGAAGGCCUAUUGCGCAGCUAUAUACAUUCGUUCCCAGGAUGUAACCCUAGCUGUGACAUCCAGACUGCUAACAUCCAAGACGGGUGUCUCUCCAGUAAAACCGCAGUCUUUACCUUGA